AUGCUUUUGUAUAAAUCGGAUGAAUCACUGUUACUAUUUGGAGAACCAGGAGUUGGAGGCACCAAUUGUAAACAGGUUGUAUUGGUAAGAAUAGAGGUAGGAGAAUGGGUUGUAUUGGUAGGAAUAGAG